AUGGCAAAUGACAACAAGAAUGAUGCAAAUGCAAGUCUCACAAGGCAACAAGAUGCACAAGGGGGUAAAAUUCGUGAAUUGGUCCCAAAAUCAACAGAUACACACUGCGUACAUGGUGAGUAUGUUGCAUCAUUUUUGAUAGGUAGCCAAUUGAUCAAAAAUUACUUGCUAAUAGACACUGGAAGUGGUUUACUUUGGUGGCAAUGUGGACCAUGUGAGGCCAAUAAUUGUUACAAACAGGAUCAACCUCUAUAUAAUUUUACUACAUCUAGAAUUUCUCGAAAAGUUGAUUGCAUUCGACGUAGUUCAUAUUGCAUAACUGCGGACCCAACUUUUCAUUGUGAUCGAGAUACUUCUGAAUGUAUCUAUAAUAAGAAAUAUACGAAUGGAUCAGGAACAAAAGGUUUUAUGGCAGAUGACGUGAUUUAUUUUGUUGUAGACCAAAGACCAAUUCGGUUUACGUUUGGAUGUAGCAACGAACAAACUGGUCUUUUUAGUAGUUCCUAUUCUGGGAUUGUUGGCCUUGGACAUAAAGUAUUUCCACUAGUAGUUCCUAUGGUUGAAAAUCCAAUUGGACCUUUUGACACUUGCUAUAAAGUGGAUCCAAAUGGCGAGGAACUAUAUUUCCCAGUUGUAAAGUUGUACUUUGGUAGUGUAAGCCGAAGUACAGAGUUGAUUCUGGAACAAGAGCGUGCAAUUGUGAAAUAUCAGGGGUUCUAUUGUUUGGCUUUUAUUGGAUGGCAAGAAAACUACUCAAUAUUAGGGGUUAAUCAACUCCAUGGUGUAGGAUUAACUUUUGAUACUUCAGCAAAUACUUUGUCCUUUGACAUUAAUGCAUGCGAUUGA